UUUGGCUCCAGCCAACGGCGGGUUCCCAGCAUGGAUUCAAGGUGAGGAGAACGCGUUGAAAAGAUGGCUGGUGCAUUCGAGAUUAAACUCGAUGACCCGGAGGCGGACCUUUCCCAGGAUCAGUAUGAGAAGGUGCUCGACAACUUCAAGCUGCUUGACCAAAGCAAGACUGGUCGCCUGAACCCGCAGCAGGUGGGAAUCCUUUUCCGUGCCUUUGGCCAGAACCCAACCGAUGAGGAGCUGGCGGAAAUGCUGAGACCAGUUCCGCAAGUGGGCUUGGAUGUGGAAGGCUUCAUCCGUUUCUUCAAAGGAAACUACAGGCCGCCGACCACGGAGGACACUCUCUUGAAGGCUUUUCAGGUCUUCGACCUAGAAGACACUGGCAUCAUGAGCCGAGAGAAGUUCAAGGAGAUGCUUACGUCCCUGGGCGACCCCAUGCAGGAGCAUGAGGUGGAUGCGAUUCUGAAAGAGGCCGACGUGGAUGACAAAGGUCUUUUCGACUACAAAUCCCUGGCCAAGCGCCUCUGUGAGGGGCCGAAGCGUAUACCAGACAUGCCGUGAAGGAAAUUCCUUGCCAUCGGGACGCUGCAUACCGAGCUCAA